CCUCAAGCACAGUGUGACCCAACCCCCCACCCACCAGGAGGAGCCUGGUGCAGGCCUCAGCCCACAGCUGCAGCCUGAGCUGCUCCCCUUCCCCAACCCCCCUCCGCCCCCUGACAAGCUGCAGCUCCGUCCUGUGCCCACCCUACCCUGGCUGGGCAGUACGUACCCCAGCCCCACUUCCUCCCUCACCGCGGGGGGGCAUUGAUCUGCCCCCACAUGCCCCUUCCGCCUGUCCCCUCCCCAUCUGGAUGCAGCUGUAUCGGAAAUCGGAUCGGUAUCGGCUGACAUACCUCCUUAAAAAUUGGCUAUAGGUAUCAGCCCCCAAAAUCUUUAUCAGUGCACCUCUAAAAAAAUUGUCAAUUUUUGGUUGCCUGCUCCUCUUUGACACACAGGAGAUUCCAUGAACUUCUAAAUAAUAUGGAUGCUGCGUAUGGAGAUUUAGUGCUGCAUGGUAACAUACGCUGGUCGAGUCAGGGUAAUGUGCUCAAGCAAUUUGUUGCUUGUCACGAGUCCAUCAAGCUGUUUCUUGAGGAAAGUGGUCAGCAAUAUGCAGACCUUACUGAUGACAGAUGGCUAACAAAACUGAUGUUUCUGACAGACAUCACAUUACAUCACAUCUCAUCACAUUUAAACUAUUUGAAUACCAGGUUACAAGGAACACAGAAAGCCAUUCUUCAGCUGUAUGAAGACUGGAAAGGUUUCUGUCUGUUUUCAGAUGAGGUAUCGAAACAUCUGCCUUCUGUUACUUCCCUAGUCUGAAAAUCCAUUCCAAGCAGCAUCAAUUUAACACUAGGGAUAUCUGCGACUACAGAGGACAGCUGGAAGAUGACUUCACAAGAUGAUUCCAAGAUUUUUGCAACAUGUUUUCAUUUCUUGUGACCCCUGACAGUACUACAGAAAGUGGCAUAGAACUGCAGUACUUUCAGUGGAUGAACAUUGAAGGAUUUGAAUUGGAACUGAUUGACUUUCAAGCCUUGUGCAUCUGGGUAUCAAAGUUCAAAUUUCUGGAAGGUGAUCUUAAGAAUGAAAGGGACUGUCAACUCAAGAUUACAGCGUCCCUUCCUGAAAAAAGUAGCUUUUGCCUUGCUGUCUUUGGAUCUACUUACCGCUGUGAACAAGUGUUUUCAAAACUGAAAACCAUACUCGGUCCUACCUAUAAGAAACUGUCUGACAACUGACAGUUCGGAUUCAUGUUUGCAUCUGAUGACAACCAGCUACCAGUCUAACAUCACCAAACUCAGCUGUCAGGAGUGGAGCCAGGGCAGCCACUAGGAAAAGAUUUUUGACUUGUGAGCAUUUUUACUUGUUUAUGGCAGUGAAUACAGAGCACGUGUUUUAAGGAAAUAAGCAAGCAUAUCCUUAAAGAACCACCAUCUUCCCUUCUUUUUUUCUCUCUCUCUCCUUUUUUUUCUUUCCCCUUCUCUCUCUCUCUCUUUCUCUCUCUCUCUCUCUCUCAUCAUAAUUUGCUUACCAAAAAUAAAUACAAACAACAAAGGUAGUAUAUGAAGUUUUAUUUAUUGUCACCAGGUUUAGAAUUUUUAGAAAACCUGGUAUUUAUUGUAAAAAAAAACCCCAGAAAACCCCACAAAAAAAACAACCCCCCAAAAAACAACAUUUAUGAUUAUCCUGCCAUGUACACCCCACCCCAGUUUUGGGGUUUUUUUAGCAUUCUGGCACCUUACAAGGUAGACAUUGUGUGGUUUUUUGGCACUCCAUCCAAAAACAUUGCCUACCCCUGAUCUAGAGUUUAGAGGAGAUAGAGUAACAUGUAUUCCUCCUGAGUCCUGAGUAGGCCCCUCAACCUGGUCACCUCUCCCCUCAAAGGACUGGGAGUGGACACUGGCAGCUCCCUACUACAGGGAAACAAGCAUUUAUUACUCUUCUUCCUUGUGUGAAGAAACAGCUGAAAUACUGUUGUGGGUAGCAGAGCCUCAGAGGAAAAAGAAACCUAAAGAUUUUGGUGGUGGAAUGGAAUCUCCUGGACCCUGAGAUCCACAGAAGUACCUAACAAACUGUAUCUAGCAACACAAAGGAGCUGGAAGUAGACUUCUUGUUUUCUGAAAGGUCUAUACUGUCAACUUGGAAUCUCGCUAUUUGCUAAUACAGGGAGUUCCUGCGUUGGGUGUUAUGAAGGAAUUAGUUGAACAGUUUGCAUUAUAUGGUGCCAUUGAAGAAUACAAUGCUCUAGAUGAGUAUCCAGCAGAACAAUUUACAGAAGUUUAUCUCAUCAAAUUCCAAAAGUUACAGAAUGCAAGAGCGGCCAAGAAAAAAAUGGAUGAACGGAAUUUCUUUGGUAGCUUGCUCCACGUGUGUUAUGCUCCAGAAUUUGAAACAGUCCAAGAAACUAGGGAGAAGUUACAAGACAGAAGAAAAUAUAUAGCAAAAGCAACAAGUAGUAAAGAUCAUUUUUCAAAGAUGCCACAGGAGCCUAAAAGGACUGUGUCAAAUAACUCAGAGUAUGACUUUCAGUCGCCAACCUCAGGAUUCCGUGCUGCUGACAGAACUGUUGGCAACUGGGAUCCAUCUGCAUGUUUUCCAGACUUUUACAAGACAUUACAUUGUGACGUCUCCGCAGGAAACAUAGCACAUCCUUCAGGCUAUCACUCUCAGAGUCAUUUGGCAUCCCCUCAGUGUGUCCAUUACAGUACUAAAGCUUAUGAGUGCUUUAGCUACAAUCCAUCUCUGAAGCCAGCCGUACAGCAGGGAGGACAUAAGCAUGUAUCUGCUUCUCCUGCACUGCAAAGAACUUUUGAUAAUGGAAUUGAUAGAUUUAUGCCACGGGCAACUCAGCUGGAAGAGCGGAAGAGAAAAAGAGACGAAGGCAAUAAACUUGGAAUAAUUGGAACAAAUUCAGAUAUUAAUGAAGUUGUCAUUGGACCUCAGCUGCCAGAAAUGCCCAAAGUGGAUAUGGAGGAUGAUUCCUUGAAUACUUCAGCAAGCUUAAUUCGAAAUAAACUUCAAGAGGUGGCAGCUUCCGUUCCAGAAACUUUGAAGGAAAACCGACAGGACAUUCAAGCAAAGCCACUUGUAAAACAGAGAAGAAGAAUAUAAAUGUUCACUCUUUUUAAAGGAUACAAUUUCAGUUAUUUAUUUUUCUAAUGUAACAAGUAAAAAAUAAACUAUAUUUCAAAAUGA